AGCUCUGCAUCAAUCAGGAUGAAGAACAACUUGUGGUGAAGAAGCAGGAGAUGAAAACCUUUCCUGCAUCUCCUACCAGUGUAGAAAUAAGCUGCAGUGAACCCGAACCAAACAGGGAGCAAGUCGUCUCUCGGGACGGCUGUGAUGCUGAGGACCGAAAUCAGGAAGAAAGCAAUGAUGAAGACACAGAAAUAAGCAGCGAUGAAGAACCGAAACAAAAUAACAGAUGUCAGAAAACCAGAGGGUAUGAUAACAAUUCUGACAAAUUAAAACAAAAAGAGCAGAAGAAAACGCACAAAGAUAAAAAUCUGUAUUCAUGUACGAUGUGUGAUAAAUUGUUUUCUCAAAAGACUCACUUGAUCUACCACAUGAGAACGCACACAGGUGAGAAGCCUUUCUCAUGCAAGUUUUGUGGAAAAUGUUUCAGUCGAGAAAGUAUUGUGAACAAUCACCUGAGAAUCCACACAGGCGAAAAGCCCUUCUCAUGUCUGACCUGUGGAAAAAGUUUCACUCUCAAACAUAAGUUGACGGAUCACAUGAGAAUUCACACAGGUGAGAAACCGUUUCCGUGCAACGCUUGUGAUAAAUCUUUUAAUCUAAAAAGCAAUCUGAAGCAGCACCUGAGAAUCCACACGGGCGAGAAGCCUUUCUCAUGUGUGACCUGCGGUAAAAGUUUUAGUCACAAACAGCAUUUAACUCUGCACAUAAUGACUCACACUGGUGAAAAGCCAUUUUCAUGUGUGACCUGUGGAAAAAGUUUUAGUCAAAAACUUAGUUUAACUCAGCACAUGAUGAUUCACACUGGUGAAAAGCCAUUUUCAUGUGUGACCUGUGGAAAAGGUUUUAGUCGAAAACAGCAUUUAACUCGGCACAUGAUGAUUCACACUGGUGAAAAGCCGUUUUCAUGUGUGACCUGUGGAAAAAGAUUUUGUCAAAAACAGGACUUAACUAAGCACAUGAUGAUUCACACUGGUGAAAAGCCGUUUUCAUGUGGCAAUUGUGGAAAAAGUUUUAGUCAAAAACUUAGUUUAACUCAGCACAUGAUGAUUCACACUGGUGAAAAGCCGUUUUCAUGUGUGACCUGUGGAAAAAGUUUUAGUCAAAAACUUAGUUUAACUCAGCACAUGAUGAUUCACACUGAUGAAAAGCCGUUUUCAUGUGUGAAUUGUGGAAAAAGUUUUCGUCACAAGGUGAGUUUAAUUCACCACUUGAGGCGUCACACUGGUGAAAAGCAGUAGAAGUAUUUUCCAUACAUGUUCUAUGUUGAGGUUCACUAUAGAACUGAUUUGGUUUAAAACUAGAAUGAAAGACUAGAGGGGUUUCAUG